UUACUGCUAAAAUUAAAAUUGAUAAAAAAUAGCGCCGAUAUAUGCAAUAUUUGCGAAACGCAAUAAAACGAAGCGCGAUAAAACACAGCCUGUACUGUAGUCUAUUAAGUGUGCAAUAGCAUUAUGCCUAAAAGAAAAUCAUAAAGGAAAUAUUAUAUUGCUAAAAAAAUGACUCGGGGACACAGAGUGAGCACAUGCUGUCGGGAAAUUAGGAAAAUAGUGCCGAUAUCUGUGAAAAACAAUAAAGCGCAAUAACACAAGGUAUAUCUGUACUCGGAAAUAAAAUUAUUAAUGAAGCUACGAUAAUAACACAAUAUAUAUAUAUAUAUAUUAGCGUAUCGCGUAAAACUUGUAACAAGUCGCCAUGGACAUCGAGGAGUUCCGUGUUCGCGGUAAGCAGAUGGUGGACUACAUCUGCGAGUUCAUGGGCAACAUCCAUACCAGGAGAGUCACGCCGGAUAUUGGUCCCGGCUAUCUCAGGCCUCUGCUGCCACCGGAGCCGCCGAAUGAUCCGGAAUCUUGGGACGAGAUCAUGAAGGACGUGGAAUCGAAGAUCAUGCCGGGCAUCACUCAUUGGCAGCAUCCAAGGUUCCACGCCUACUUCCCGGCCGGAAAUUCCUUCCCCUCUAUUCUUGGUGAUAUGCUUGGUGAUGCUAUAGGCUGCAUUGGAUUUUCUUGGGCGGCCAGCCCCGCUUGCACAGAGCUGGAAACGAUAGUCUGCGAUUGGUUCGGCAAGGCGAUUGGACUGCCUACGGAUUUCUUAUACUUUUGCGAAGGCAGUAAAGGCGGGGGUGUUCUACAGGGUUCAGCAUCGGAAUGCAUUCUCGUGUGCAUGCUGGCCGCUCGGGCACAAGCAAUUGCGCGACUCAAGGAAUCUCCAGCGUAUGCACACUUGGACGAGACCGCGCUGCUCGGCAAGCUGAUGGCAUAUUGCAGCCGGGAAAGUCAUAGUUCCGUCGAGAAGGACGCGAUGAUAAGCUUCGUAAAGCUGCGCAUACUUGAGCCCGACGAGAAGAGUGUACUUCGCGGGGACACCUUGCAACAGGCGAUCGAGAGCGACACAGCUGAGGGCUACGUUCCCUUUUUCGUCUCGACGACUCUCGGCACAACCGCAUGCGUCUCGUUCGACAAUCUUAAGGAAAUAGGCCCGGUUUGUAAAAAAUAUCCAGGGAUCUGGCUUCACGUGGACGCUGCUUAUGCCGGGAACGCAUUUAUCUGCCCGGAAUUGAAAUACCUGAUGGCCGGUAUUGAAUACGCCGACUCAUUCAACACCAACCCCAACAAAUUCUUACUGACAAACUUCGAUUGCUCCUGCCUCUGGGUUCGGGACCGAUUUAAGCUUACCAGCGCGCUCGUCGUGGAUCCGCUGUAUCUGCAGCACACACACGUGGACAUGGCUAUAGACUACCGGCAUUGGAGUAUAGCGCUGAGCAGACGAUUUCGCUCAUUAAAACUGUGGUUUGUAAUGAGGAGUUACGGGAUAUCCGGGCUGCAAGCCUACAUCCGAAAUCACAUCAAACUCGCUAAAAGAUUCGAGGAACUCGUUAAGAAGGAUUCUAGGUUCGAAGUUUGCAACGAGGUUCUGCUGGGCUUAGUGUGCUUUCGCGCUAAAGGCAGUGACAAAUUAAAUCAGAAAUUGUUGAGCACAAUUAACGACUCAGGAAAAAUACACAUGACCCCGGCGCGAGUGAAUCAGCGUUACAUAAUACGUUUCGCGCUCACUGCACCUAAUGCAACUGCCAGAGAUGUUGACACGGCGUGGAGCAUCAUAACGGACUAUCUAAGCGAAUUACUAGAAUUCAAUGACGUGAUGGACGAGCUAGCGGACAUUCGCGAGAAGAAGAGGAAGGCAACCUUGGAGCAGAGGAGGUCCUUCUUCGUGCGCAUGGUAUCUGAUCCUGCGAUUCAGCCAGGAUUCACGAAGACUCCAAACAGGACGGGAGCCAAGCUCGACACGCAGGCGACAAUCGGCGGUAUUGGAUCAAAUACACAAUCCGGGGCGAAAUCCUGGAUAUCUUGGCCACUUGCUUAUCUCAUGCAGGCGAAAGAAGCUGCUGAUACAAGUGAAUUAUCGCUCAGAUUCCGCCACUUGGACACCAUGGUGCGCUUGAAGACCGGCGGUACCGGAAGUCGCCGCGGUAGCAGUAACGGAUGCAGCCCGGAUCCGUCCCCAUCUGCCUCGCCCUCGCGGGGCAGAUCGCCCAAUGGCCGCGUGUAAUCGCAUUACAUCGAUCUUUUCUUUCUUCGUGCAAUCUUUCCGAGGGAUCGUCCGAGCGUGUAACAAUCCCCAACGGAUGGCUCUUUGUGCUCUAAAACCCCGUUGUGCUCCGAGAAGUUAGACGGAGAGGAAAUCCGCUAGUUACAACUUUAACAUCGGGAACUGAUACUGCCGACAAUCUCGACAUUAAAGCCCACCUUAGACCGCAUGCAUAAUUUUGACAGAGGGAAAUGAUUCUGUAAAUUUAUAAAUCUGCUGCCUGAUUUCGUGCGUCAAGUUGUAAAUAUAAUUAUAAAUAAGAGAAAAUUCUCGUGUCAAGUCUCGAAUUAUAAUUACGCGUAUAUUAUUAGAGACAUAUUAUUUGGAGCCUGCAAGAAUUGUUUAGGUCUUCACAUUGGCAUAUUACAUAUUCUCGGAGUCAAAAUCUUACGAUGGAUGAAGAAAUGCGAAUUAUUAAGUCUGCCAGUUUACUCAUAUAUACCUCAACAUGCUCCAAUUUUAUUAGCAAUGACUUCGAUUCUCUAUAGACGUUCUCUAUAUUAUGAGAUGUACAAAAUAAUAUACGUAGAAAUACGCGCGCGCGCGCGCAACUUUUUGUCUCUCUAGAGAAAUUACCUCCGUUUUUUUAAUGCUUAAAAGAAUUAUUUUUCGUUGGACAAUGUUGUUCGCCGUGCAAAACAUUAUCUAAUGUACGUAUAUUCAGAUUCUGUCGCGAAUUACAGAUUGUCUAAAAUGGGCUUGAACGAAGGACAAACUUUGCGUUAAAUUGCUCACCAAGGGAUAGAAUCGAUGAGAUGUCGCCGAAAUUGCGCCCCGUGGUAUGUUUCGCUCGAUAAGAAAUUAAAAUAUAUUU